AUGCGGAUGGCCAAAUUGGAGAUGUUGCAGCUGCUCGUUUUGUUGGCUUUGUUAAAUGCUGCGUCAUCGCAGACACUGCAAUCAUUCCCAAAGCUGUGCAAUGUGCGCAACUUUGAUGACUUUCUGGAACAGACGGGCAAAGUGUAUACCGACGAAAGGGAGAGAGAGUUUCGUGAGAGCAUCUUCGCAGCAAAGAAGUCAUUAGUGGAUCUGUCCAACAGUCGUGUGGGCAGCUAUCGCCUCAGCAUUAACAUACUCGCCGAUUUGACACGCAAAGAAGUUGCCACACUGCUCGGCUCCAAGAUCUCAACACAGGGCGAAGAAUACACUGCAAGUCACAUCAACUUUGUGCCCGCUACGCCUCCAUUGAGUGACAAGCUGCCAGAAUCGUUUGAUUGGCGUGAGAAGGGUGGUGUGACGCCGGCUGGUUUCCAAGGCAUUAACUGCGGAUCAUGUUGGUCGUUCUCCACCAUUGGCGCCCUGGAGGGGCAUCUAUUUCGUCGCACUGGAGUUUUGGUGCCGCUGUCGCAACAGAAUCUGAUGGACUGUGCCGAUGACUAUGGCAAUAUGGGCUGCGACGGCGGUUUUCAGGAAUACGGCUUUGAGUAUAUACGGGAUCAUGGUGUUACGCUGGCCAACAAGUAUCCGUAUGUGCAGUCCGAGAUGGAAUGCAGACAGAAUGAAACCGCUGGCAGAUAUCCACGUGAGAGCAUUGUGAAGAUUCGGGACUAUGCGCGCAUCGAUCCAGGAGAUGAGCAGAAAAUGAAACAAGUGAUUGCCACGCUGGGUCCAUUGGCCUGCUCGAUGAAUGCCGGUGCUGUAUCCUUUGAGCAAUACGAAGGCGGCAUCUACGAGGACGACGAGUGCAAUAAGGACGAAGUCAAUCAUUCAGUUGUUGUCGUCGGCUAUGGCAACGAAAACGGUCGCGACUAUUGGAUCAUCAAGAAUUCCUAUUCACAGAACUGGGGAGAGCAAGGAUUCAUGCGACUCCCGCGCAAUGCCGGAAGCUUCUGUGGCAUUGCCAGCGAGUGCAGUUAUCCCAUUCUGUAAAAACAUCUCAGUCUCGAAAUAAGUGUUUGGUUACUCACAAGAAUACGAAUUUAUUUUUGUUAAUAUAGUUUGUAGAAAAUAUAUAUAAA